AUGUAUAUAUAUAUAUGUGUGGCCGGGGUUGAUCAUAUCAGUUUGUAUAUUAUUAUUAGAAAAUUUAAAUUGAACUAUACCAAAGUAAGCAUCACAAUGCUAGCGUUAUCUCCUCCUCUAUUUUCAAACAACAUCGGAGGGUCCUUAGAUGAUCAUAGUAAUAAUAAUAAUAACAUUUUCUGGAGAGACAUAAUAGACAAUAAUAUUGGUUCAGAACACAUGACACCACUAUUCCUUAAUUUCCCCACUAAUCCACCACCGUCCGAUCAUUAUGAAUUUGAGAUUGAUCAUCAUCUUCGCUCCACCACGCCAUCCACUACAACCAUCGACAGUGAUCCGAUCAUGGUGAAGAAGCUCAACCACAAUGCUAGUGAGAGAGAUCGUCGAAAGAAGAUUAAUGAUUUGUAUUCCUCUCUCCGGGCCCUGCUCCCACUUUCAGAUCAAACGAAAAAGAUGAGUAUUCCGGCUACAGUGUCUCGUGUGCUGAAGUACGUACCAUUGCUACAAGAAGAAGUGGAGGGACUGGUUCGAAAAAGGGAUGAGCUAUUGUCAAGGAUUCAAUCAAAGGAGCAAGGGAAUUAUACUAAGAAUAGUAUUGAAAAAGUCGACAAAAUAAAAGGGACAGCUCCAAAAUCAUUAUCUUCAAUUUCAGCCACUCAACUCAGUGAGAAAGAAAUAGCAGUUCAAAUAUCCACAUAUAAACUCCACAACAAUCUAUUAUCUCAAAUGCUAUUUAAUUUUGAGGGAGAUGGCCUUUCAUUACUACAUGCUUCUUCAUUUGAGUCUUUUCGAGGGAGGGUCUUCCACAAUUUACAUCUUCAUGUGGAAGUAGACUCUUGUGGGGCUUUAGGGGAGAAGCUUGUUUAUACAUAUAGCCACUAGCUAUAUACUAGAAAACUAUAUAUACUGAUAAUAUUAGACGAUGCAUACUGUGUUCUCGUGUUAAAAAUAGACACGUGAAUAUAGAUAUAGUUGCUAUGAAUAGAUAAUUAUGAGUUAUGAUCAUGCCAAAAGUUUUUAUAUAUGUGAUAAUUUCAUAAAGUUGUGAUGAGAUACUGCAAUAUAGUACUGAUCGAAGUAUGUGAUCACAAUAACUACUUACUAUGCAUUUACUAAAAGAUUAAUUAUAAAUGGGUUACUGUUACUCUGGUAAAAAGAAAAAAAAAAUUAUAUUGAUGGGUGAGGAAAGCAGGUUAAUUAGAACGUAUAUAUAUCUUUAUAUAUUAAAAGUGCCUAUUUAACGGAAUUUCUUGGAUUAACAGAAUAUACGUUAAAUUUAACGAUUAGGUUUGAUCUCCCGUUAACAAAUAAACCCAAUAAUUAAACCAAAAAAUCAAACAAUCUUUUAAAUAUUAAUAAUCUCUUUUUAAAUUAAAAAAAUCAUCUUAGCCAAAAAAGAAUAUUAAUAAUUUUUUUUAUUUAUUUUUUAAAAAAGAAAAAUAUAGAUAAAAUGUCUAGAAAAGAUAAUAUAAAUGUGAGACAGUAUAUGAGUUGCCCCUUUGUAAUUACCUAGAAAAGAUAAAAUGGCUUAAAAAAAUAAAAAGAAGAUGA